AUGUCAGCAAGUUUCACUUUCACUCACUCACCCUCGCGCAGCAGUUUCCAUUGUCCUCUGACAGUCGUUGAUUUUACAAGAGUGGAAGAAGAAGAAGAAGAAGAAGAAGAAGAAGAAGAAGAAGAAGAAGAAGAAGAAGAAGAAUCUGUUCCUAUCUAUCUGUCUAUCUAUCUAUCUGUCGAUCUAUCUGUCAGCUGGUUGAUAUCUAUCUAUCUAUCUAUCUAUCUAUCUAUCCCAGUCUGUUCCUAUCUAUCUAUCUAUUUAUGUAUCUAUCUAUCUAUAUCUAUAUAUAUAUAUCGCUUUCAGUCUGUUCCUAUCUAUCUAUUUAUCUAUCUAUCUAUCUGUCAGCCGGUUGAUAUCUAUCUAUCUAUCUAUCUAUCUAUCUCUUUCUCUCUCUCUAUCUCUCUCUCUCUCUCUCUAUCUAUCUAUCUAUUCUAUCUAUCUGUCAGCCGGUUGAUAUCUAUCUAUCUAUCUAUCUAUCUAUCUAUCUAUCUAUCUAUCUCUUUCUCUCUCUCGAGCUAUCUAUCGAUCUAUCUAUCUGUCAGCCGGUUGAUAACUAUCUAUCUAUCUAUCUCUCUCUAUCUAUCUAUCUAUCUAUCUAUCUCUCUCUCUCUCUCUAUCUAUCUAUCUAUCUAUCUCUCUCUCUCUCUCUAUCUAUCUAUCUGUCAGACGGUUGAUAUCUAUCUAUCUAUCUAUCUAUCUAUCUAUCUAUCUAUCUCUUUCUCCCUCUCUAUCUAUCUAUCUAUCUAUCUAUCUAUCUAUCUAUCUAUGUAUCUAUCUAUCUAUCUAUCUGUCAGCCGGUUGAUAUCUAUCUAUCUAUCUAUCUAUCUCUUUCUCUCUCUCGAGCUAUCUAUCGAUCUAUCUAUCUGUCAGCCGGUUGAUAUCUAUCUAUCUAUCUAUCUAUCUAUCUAUCUCUCUCUCUCUAUCUAUCUAUCUAUCUAUCUCUCUCUCUCUCUCUAUCUAUCUAUCUAUCUAUCUGUCAGACGGUUGAUAUCUAUCUAUCUAUCUAUCUAUCUCUCUCUCUCUCUCUAUCUAUCUAUCUAUCUAUCUCUCUCUCUCUCUCUCUAUCUAUCUAUCUAUCUAUCUAUCUAUCUGUCAGACGGCUAUCUAUCUAUCUAUCUAUCUAUCUAUCUAUCUAUCUAUCUGUGUACUUCUGCCUGCCUGCAUAUUCUGGUUUUAGAGGUGCCAAAGUUAACUGAGUGGAAGCCACCUGAAUAUUGGAAAAGCGUAACCUGCAUCAUGACGAUUCGUGCCAGCCAUCAAAAUGUCACCCGCCUGAAAGUAGCUCAAUACUCUUUGAACAUCGUGAAAAGAAUAAGACGGAAAAUGAAGAUCUACAAUGGAGACUACAGCAGCUUUUAUGAUUGCCUCUGUACGCCAGAAUUCAUACAACUGCAAAAGUGA